AUGCGAAGGCGGCAGAACAGCUCGCUGAGCGCGUCCUCGCGGGGGCUACCUCACCACACACGACAACCCUCCAAACCCUCUCAACCAAUCAAGCCCAAAUCGGCCCAUGUGUCCGACCAGUUCCUCCAGAGCUUCCUCUCGCCAUCUUUCGAUGCCGCAGACUACCUCAACUCCUCCCUGCCGCCGCUCCAGGCCCACGUCUCCUCCAUCACACCGAGCCAGGAGGGCGCCGUUCCCUUGACUGAGUUAUCUUCACAAGCACAGGCUUUACUGUCGCAGCUGAACGCCCAGACGACACGAUUGACGAACACUCUGACACAGCUCACGGACGAUAUACUGCGGAGUGGAAGCAGGCUCGCUUACGAAGUGGAACUACUCAGGGGAGAGACACUCAGUCUUUCAGAGUCACUAUCGGAUGGGUUACAAGAGGACGUGGUCAAAUUUGUCCCGGGUGGGAUACGAGAGGACAGAGAACUGAAGAUAAACGGAGCAGGCGAGGGGACACAGCGGAGAGUUUCGGGAACAGCAGUAUCCGCAGAUGCAGGGACAAAUGGUGACCCCGUCGAUGACCCGGAGUAUAUCACCCAACUGCGUACGCUGACCCUCGUGCGUGCGCGUCUUGAUUCCGUCAUCAAGACGUUUGGCGAUGCUAUGGAGUUCGUCUUCCCGCCCUCAGAGCUGUCCGUCAGUUCUUCGUUUUUGUCUGUCUCUGCACCUGACGCUGGAAGUCGGGAGCACAGCACAGAGGAGAAGGGGCAGCAAGUCCUGAGGCAACUCAAGGAUGAAAUAUCCGACCUGGUAUUCAAGAGCCAGGACCCGGUCGAGGGCAUUGAGAAAGCCGCGCUCAAGGUUGAAGAGCUCAAGGUGCUGACCCAAGUCUGGAAGGGCACAGCGGAGGAAAAGGGCAGGACAAAGUUCAUCGACGGUCUGGCGAAGAUGGUGGAAGACAGGCACAAGGACCUGCUGCGGGAGAUGGAGCAAGGCAGCAAACGCGAUGUCAGGACAGAGACAGAAAACGGCCCCCGAAAGAGUACGGAGGGCGCCGCAGAAAGUCGAGGAAUAUCAGGAUAUGGCUUUAUGAACCAACUGCAAAAACUACGAAGCGGGCUAUAA